AUGGAGUUCUUUAAUGACAAUGGGAUAGACCCCUUGAAGCCAUCUCUCUUCGAACUCCUGGCACAAGAGCAAUUGCGCGACCUCUUGCAGCCCGCUCUGAAAUAUGUCCUUGCGGUCUUCGCCCAACGUUAUCCACGCUACCUUUUGCGUGUAGUGAACCGCCACGAGGAGUUCUACGCUCUUGUCAUGUUGAUAGUUGAGCGACACUAUCUCAGAUCUCAUAAUGCUUCUUUCGCUGAAAACUUUUAUGGCCUGAAAAGGAGGCGCCGACCAUUCAUCGAGACCGAAAGGGCGAAAGCUGCUGUUGGAGGGAUACCAAGUGGAGAAAAGCUUCGAAGUCAGGAAAUAUGGCGGUCGCUACUGUUUCUGGUAGGCGUGCCAUAUCUCCGAGCGAAAGCCCAGGAUUAUUUCGAGGAACUUGGAGGAGGAGUUGGUUCCGACAUCCUCGACGAAGGUUUAGAUGCACGACAAGUACAAGCUCUCACUGACCAGAGCUUCAAGGGGCGGUUCAGACGCGUCUUUAAAGCCGCUUACCCCUAUCUCAAUACAUCUCUGGAACUUUGGCUAUUGUUGUGGAAUAUCGCCUACCUCUUUGACAAAAAACCUUCAUACCGUCCAUGGCUGAGCUGGAUAGGUGUAGAUAUUCGAAGAUUGGGGAUCGAAGACUUUAGAGCUGCAAGUUUAGCUGCACAGAAGAAGAUAUCUCCAGAUACGAAGCGCACAUUAACAACGCGGCUCAAACAACUUCUUUUAAGGUCCCCGCGUCUUCUGUUGGACUCGUUGCGUCUAUUGUUACCUACAGCGAUCUUUUUCAUCAAAUUUUUGGAAUGGUGGUAUUCGCCUGGAUCUCCUGCUCGCGCGUUAUCGGUCUCGCCUCAAGGCCCCGCAAUUCCACCACCAAGUAUGCUACCUCCUCAUCCACAGGGUAUCCCCUUCGACAAAACGGCCUAUGGGAUCUGUCCGAUUUGCAAGAAAGCCAUCAAUAAUGCGACUGCGUUGCCUUCAGGAUAUGUAUUUUGCUAUCGUUGUGCCUAUGAUCAGGUAGAGAAGCACGAAAAGUGUCCAGUGACCCUCCUGCCCGCUCGAGUAUGGCAACUGAGGAAAGUGUUAAUUUAA